AUGGGCAAUUGUCAAUGUAGGAAAUACUUUGAUUCUGACUAAGGGUCUUACAACAAUAAUCAUCACGAGAUUAUCAUAGAAGAUGAAUUUCAAAGCAAUAGGAAAGAAGAUUUUGCAAAAGAAUUGUUCAUUAAAAUUAAAACUUGGUAACAAGAAUCCUUCUCUUUGUUCGAUUAUGAGAGCCAAACUCACUUAAAAGAAUAAAAUAUUGAGGUAUGCGGAUUUAUAAUAAUAAGAUAAGAUAAGGAGGAUAUUUAAUAAAAAAUAAUAACGAAGUGCAAUGGAUUGAUGAUGACAUUGACUGGAAUAAAUGUGUGAUCAAAUAGCAUCAAAUACUAUUCAGAAUCGAAAAAAUUAAUGGAAUUUUUACAAUUAUCAAUAAAAGGGGAGAAUGCAAAUAGAAUUUAGAAGAUGAUAAACAAGAAUUAACAACAAAGUAUAUAGGAGAAGGCAAUAGGGAUUUUUAAUAGUCUGAAAACUUGGAUUAGUUGGAAGGUGAAGAAUUUUAACAAUCAAAUGAUUGGAUAAAAAAAAUAGAUCAACAUAAUUACAAAUUAAAUCAAAGCCAGAGAACCAAUACUAAAUUAUUAGAGAAAGGCAGUAGAUUAUGGUUGGUAGUUAGAUCCAUCUAAUCAAUGUUUAGUAAUAGUGGAAUAAAACUAAAAUAAGGGGAUGUGAUUAAAUUGGGAAGAGUUAAAUUAAAAAUUAGGGAAAUUCAGUUAAAUUAAAGGAAAUAAAUGUAUAUUAUUAAUUUAUUAAACAAUAUAGAUGUGAUUUAGAUUCAUCAAGAUCUAGCUAAUCAGAUGCUAUUUCAUGCAGAGUAUGUUGCAGCAGCUAAGAUAAUGUAUAAAAUCCUUUAAUAAACCCAUGUAAAUGCACAGGAUCCAUCAAAUAUAUCCAUCUAAAUUGUUUAAAGAAGUGGUUAAAACUGAAAUUUUAAACAAAACAUAGUAAUCAUUGUAUGAUCUACAUGUGGAAAAACUUAGAGUGUGAAAUAUGCAAGUUUAAUUAUCCUCCUGUUUUCAAGAGUGAUCAACACAUUGUUGAUUUGGUUGAGUUAAGCAAACCAACAGAUCAACCUUAUGUGUUGAUGGAAAUUAUUUAAAAGCGCUAGGUAAUUAUUAUUUAGACAUCUUUAAGGAUAUGAGAGUAGACAAAACAAAUUAAGAUUCUUCUUGGGCUUAAUGCAAUGGAGUUUACAUAGUUACUUUUGAUAGUAAUAGCGAUGAAAAAGUAGCAAAAAACAAAGAGUUAUAAAUUGGUAGAGCUAAUGAAACUGAAAUUAGAAUUAAUGAUAUUUCUGUUAGUAGAAAUCAUGGAACUCUUAAAUUAAACGAGGGAGAGGUGUAUUUAACUGACAAUAAAUCGAAAUUUGGAUCCUUGAUGUUAAUGCAAUAAAAAGUUAUACCAUUAAUAAACGAAUUGAAUGGAAUUGAAAUAUAGGUCGGAAGAAGUGUUUUGUAGUUCAAUUUUGGAAAAGAUGAAUAAAGAACACCGCCUUCUAAAUAAUGUUUGAAUUCUAAUCUUUUUGAGUAAUUAAUUUCAUUCUAAUAGAAGUAAAAUUAUAGGAAGAGACUUAGAAGAUGAUGAUCUACUUUAUAAUUGA